AUGAGUCUGGGAACUCACUUUCAGAGGAUGACCAUGACUCCCGCAGUUGAGAGUAAAAAGAAUGUGGUCCUUAUGGGCAGAAAGAGAUAGUUCUCUAUUCCUGCAUCAAACAGACCCCUGAAAAACAGAAUUAACAUAGUGCUUAGCAGAAAUCUCAGGACAGUCCCAGAGGGAGCUAGCUAUCUUGCUUCAAACUUCAGCUCAGCUCUGCAACUGUUGGACAGCCUUGAGCUUGAAAAGCAAGUUGACCGGGUCUAUGGCUGUGCUCUGUACAAGGAGGUGAUGGAGAGCUCAGGUCCUAGGCGUCUUUUUGUUACACGGGUCCUCAAGCAUUUUGACUGUGACACAUUUAUUCCAAGCUCCUAUCUGAACAGUUAUAAACCACUGGUCAGGUUCCCGGGUGUACCCACAGGGAUGCAGGAGGAGAAUGGUGUUCAGUAUAUUUUUGAAGUGUAUGAGAGCACUGACCACUAA